AUGACGGAUUAUAAUAAUAACUCUUCUAUUACCACGACCUCUCGCGUCACCAAACGCACGUCGAGACCCUAUCACCAUGACUACACUUCGUCCUUUGACGAAGCCGAAGAGAGUGAUAGUUAUACGUCAAGAAGGUCAAGACGGUUAUCAGAAAGCAACCAUAGAAGGAUUGGUUCCACGUAUGGACUUUCUUAUGUUUCGAACAAAAGAAUGGAAAGAAUGGAGAUAAAUGAAGACGAGAGUAAUAAUGUGUCGCCUUCUCGGAGAAGAUACACACGUAAAUGGGAAACCGACGACGAACUGUUUAAACCAAACCACCGAAGUUCGAUGCCAAUAAUGUCACAGCAACAAAAUUCACCACAGAUUUCCCCGGUUAAUAAUUAUCCUGAUGAGGCCUCAACAAUUAGGAACCUUUUAUACCUUCUUAAUAAAGAACGUACAAAACGACGUGAAAUACAAAAUGGUUACGAUACAUCGGUGCAAACGUUAAAAGAAUUACAACAAAAUCAUCAAGAUGAUUUAAAUACUCUCGAAAGUGAUAUACAAACCCUUCAAGAUGCAUUGGUAAAGGAGGCCAAGGCUAACAUACAAUUAAAUAAACUUUUACGCGAAUCCACUUCAAAAUUCACGGAAGAGAUGCAAACUUGGGCAAAUAAAGUUGUUUUAAUGGAGGAACAAGGAAAAGAAUUACAAGAGACAUUUCAGGAAACUAUGGAACAAUUAGAAAAAGAGGAGGAAGAAAUUGAUAGAUUGAGGAAAGAGAAUCAAUCAUUACGCGAUCAAAUGGCAGGUCGAGCUAUCGAACCUGCAAAUUUGAAUCGUAUUAAUCUUGAGGAUGUUCGCAAAGUAGGUUCAAUGGAGGAUAGGGAUGAUGUAUCGGUUUCCGCUGAAUCCAAGCAAGAAUGUAUUUCUGAUAAUGAAUCCGUUGCCAAUUAUUCAAAGUUGACAGAAUUGAACGAUCGAAUCAUUGAGUUAGAGAAUGAAUUAAUCACAUCCAAAGAAAAUACUCAAAAGGUUGAAUCCUCCUUUCAACAAUUAGAAACCGACAAAACUUCUACCAUAAAACAAUUGGAAGAAAAACAUUUAAAAACGGUCAGCCUUUUACGUGCGACCCUUAAACAAAAACAAAUUAAGAUUGAAGAAUUAGAAAAAGAGUUACGCAAAGCAAAGUAUAAUGAAAAUGAGCGAAAGGAAAAAAUUUUACAUCCAAAGCCUAUUUCACAUAAACCUUCUCAACAAUUCUCCUCACCACCAUCUCCUAAAUUACAACAUCUUCAACCUUUAGAACAGGAUGAUGAAGAGGAUCUUCAACCGGUGAAUGAUGAUUGGCGCAAUCAUCAUCGUCCUGGUCAAAUGAGACGUAGAUCAAUCAUUUCUGAAAACUUACCCACGAAAGAACGAAAGAAUUCCUUAACUAGCACAAAUAGCGGAAGCAUUGAAGGUACCAGUGUAACGGGUGGAAGCCUAGAAGACAAAGGUGAAGGGGAAGUCGAACAAUCUGAAAUGUCCUCGGAAGAGGAGGAAGAAGAGGAGGAAGAGCGUGACGAUCAAUCCUCGUCGGUUUUUACAGGUAGCGAUAAUAGCCGUAAUGGAAGCGAAGAAAUCGCUAGCGUGCAGGAUCCCAACACUUUAGGAAGACAACAACAUUAUCAACUUAACAAAGAUAGUGAUGUAGCAGUGGAAGAGGACGACGUAAUAUUGGAUGCGAUUCUUUCUGAUCGAGAAGAUUGUUCCUUGCCACUUAUUGGACAUUAUUCAGCUGCAGAAUUUACAGAGGAUGAAGAUUUUGAUUUUGACUACAGAAGACCGAGCUUUGCGGGUAUAAUUGGUGGUAAUAAAAUCGAGGGAAAUUCAAUGGUGAUGGCAUUAAAUCAGAUCAAUUCGGGAAGGAGAGGUCGAUCUGGAGAUGAUGGGAUACCAUAG